AUGGCCGGAGGCUGCGAGCUGAGUCCGGGCGAGUGGGCGAUGGUUCCGCUCGUGGAUCUCGUUGGGCCGCCCGAGGGGCCGGCGGCAGACCGCGUGCUCUGGGGCCACCGCCCCCCGAAGGCCACGUGCACGCUGAGCGUGCAGCGGGACGGGGACGACACCGUCGCGGUGGUCUCGGCCGCCCGGGGCCUGAAGCCAGGAGACGUCCUGACACGCGACCACGGAUUGUCGGACGACGACCUCUUAUUGAGGCAUGGGCUGGCUACGAAGGACGCGCCCGGGAGCACGGUCCAGGGCGUCUUGCGGGUGCUGGGGAGGCAACACGAGAAGUGGCAGAUGAAGGCCAUCGGGAACGUCCUGCGGCAGCGGCACCGGGAAACAGCCGGGCGCUCG